AUGUCCUACUUAGAUCUCGGCAGCCUCCUUCACGGACCCGUCGUUCACGUCCUCAACGACGAAAAUCUUGAUGGCCGCUUCAACCUUAUCGCUUGCGAUCGCCCUCUUGCUAUGCUCACCUACUUCUCGUCUACCAUCCGGCAACAAAUUCCGAUAAAUCAUUCCUACCUCCAACCGCAACAGGGGCAGCACUGGACAUCUACGUCCACGCACAUGCCACAACCAGCUGCAGUCAGUGUUCGCUUGAUAGGCGGCAGUUCCAGCCCCAUCAUCGACCUGAUCGAGUGGAUGACCGCCUGCUGCCGGCAAAACACACUCCUCCCUUUGCGUUCCGUCAUCGAGUGUCCAGUAAGAUACAUCUUUGCAGUGGAUGGCAUCAAAAAGCUUGGAGUAGACCUGCUGGCGAAUGAACUUCCAGUACUUCUCGCCAGACUGCGCUACGAGAUCUUCGAUGUUGAUACUGUGGGAAGGGUCUUUGCAUCUGGCAACUCGGUACCACCUGAAAUCCUCGAUGCAAUUUGCCACUGCCUUGCCAGGUAUUUCUUUCACGGCAGCUUACCAGAGGUCGAUCAGUGGAUGUACCUGGCAAGAGUCAACGCGAAGCUCGACCAUGGCGUAUCGAGGUGGUUGGCUCCUGGGGUCCUGAACGAAGGACCAGACACAAUUGGAGCAUGGGAGCUGUGGCAGGCCAAAACCCCUAUCUCGUAUCCAUCGAGAUGGCGGGAGGUAUCGUGGGUUGGCCUCAAUCCGUCGGUAGGCUGCUCUGGCAGCGGUGAAAGGCAUUACGACGAACCAGCUCGCCCUCGCAGUACAUCACUACCACCCGCAGCUUACUAUGCCCGCCACAGCGACGGAGUCAGUGGACAUUGCCGAAUACGCACACCAGCUCCUGUUCCUGUCAGUACACCUCCGCCACCACCUCCGAAGCCAGAAGCCUACCGAACCUGGCAACCCCAUCACAGGGCAUACGAUUUUGAACCGGAGGCACAUCAACAUCAUUAUCCACGGUACGAACCUCUCCAUCACCAACGACCACCUUCUCCAAAGCCCGAGUACACGGUCCACUGCAGCUAUUGUCAAGCAGUCUUUCCCCAGCCAUCAGCAUGCACUCACCAGUACAGCGCCGGUCAUGCAUGCACGGUAUCAGAUUCUCCAUCCCCAACGCCUACAUUUGUUCCUCCGCGGCGGCGAUCGCGGAGCGUGAGCCGUGGACGAUCCCCUAGUCCGUAUGAACGCCACGGCCGACGCCAGUCCCUCAACACGCAUGUCGACUGGGACCCAGCAUACGAACCACCUCGACCAGGAGAGUAUCUUCGUGGGAGGAGGCAGAUCGGGCCGAGGCAUUUCCUGCAUCAUUUCGUAGAUGAGUAUGGACGCGAGAGAACGGUCAAUAAGCGCGACGACUUGGCCAUGGAGCGGUCAUGGUAA